AGUUUCUCAAAAAUGAAUUCAAAACAAUCAAUUAUUUGCUUAUCAUCUUCCUCUUAUCUUCACUUUCUCUUUUAUGUUUUUGUUAUAUUUCUAACUUUCACCACCAUCUCAGCUUCCUAUACUGACGGAAAUGAGACCGAUCAUCAGGCUUUGCUCAAGAUCAAGUCGAUGAUCGCUCAAGAUCCAUAUGGAGUUCUAAACUCAUGGAAUGAUUCCUUUCAUUUCUGUGACUGGACUGGUGUUACAUGUGGGAAGCGACACCGAAGAGUGACUUAUUUAGAAUUGACCUCACAAGGUUUAUUGAUUCUUUGAAAAAUUGCACCAAAUUAGAAUGGUUGGAUCUAGGUACUUGCAAGUUUCAAGGGGUGCUUCCUAGAUCGAUAGGUAAUCUUUCUAAUCAACUCUAUCGUCUAUAUUUAGAUGGAAAUCAAAUACACGGAAACCUCCCUGGAUCAAUAGUUAAUCUAGCUGGUUUGGAGUUGAUAUCACUAGAAGAUAACCGAUUUACAGGAAACAUCCACUUCACCAUUGGAAACCUUCAAAGGCUACAAGUUAUUUAUUUAUACAAUAACCAACUUUCAGGGCCGAUUCCUAAUUCUACGGGAAACUUAUCAUUGUUGAGUACACUUGAUUUAUCUUUAAACAUGUUGGAAGGGGUAAUUCCAUCAAGCUUGGGAAAUUGCCAUAAACUUUUAGAGUUGUACCUUAGUGGCAAUAAACUUCACGGGAAAAUACCUACACGACUUCUUCAACUUUCAUCUCUAUCAAAAACAAUGGAUCUUUCUCAAAACAACCUAUAUGGUUCACUUCCAAAUGAGGUUGGAGAUCUAAAGAUGUUGAGUAAUCUGGAUAUUUCUAAUAAUAAUUUAUCAGGUAACAUUCCUAGUAGCCUUGAUGGUUGUUCUAGCCUUUCAAGGUUGUCUCUCAAAGGCAACUUAUUUCAAGGUAUAAUACCACCUAAUUGCGUUCCUUAAAAGGAUUGAUUGAACUAGAUAUUUCUCAUAAUAAUUUAUCAGGCAAAAUUCCUCGAUUCUUGGAACGCUUAAAAUUUUUGAAUCUAUCAUAUAAUGAUUUUGUGGGUGAAGUACCAAUGGUAGGAAUGUUUGCCAAUGCAAGUGCAUUCUCUGUUUUGGGGAAUACUAGGCUUUGUGGUGGCCUUGCUAUACUUGGGUUACCUAAAUGCAAGGAGACAAAGAAACAUACAAAAAGAUUCCUUUAUUCUUAAUAGUCAUUUUGAUUGCAUCAAAACUUUGCAUCAUCAUAUGUUUAGCGUAUGCUUGGUGUAAGGAAAAAAAAACAAGAGUCAAUCGUCUCAAUCAUCAACAAGCAAACAAUUCAUGAAAGUUUCCUACAAUCAACUUCUCAAGGCUACCAAUGGGUUUUCCGAAGCUAACUUGAUUGGAAAUGGUGGGUUUAGUUCUGUUUAUAAAGGAGUCCUCGAUGAAAAUGAUGAUAGAUUUGUCGCGGUCAAAGUUCUACAUCUUCAAAAUCGAGGAGCCCAAAAAAGCUUUAUAAGGGAAUGUGAAGCAUGGCGGAGCAUCCGACACCAGAACUUGCUGAAGAUUAUAACUUCAUGUUCAAGUGUUGAUUUCCAAGGAAAUGAUUUCAAAGCUUUGGUAUUCAAGUGAAAGUGCAUCGAGGUUGAACUUUCUUCAAAUAAUAAAUAUUUUGUAGCAUUUGCCGUUGAUUAUCUUCACAAUCACUGCGUACCAAGUAUUAUUCAUGGUGACUUGAAGCCUAGCAACAUUCUACUUGAUCAUGAUAUGGUCGCUCAUGUUGGAGACUUUGGUUUAGCUCGAUUUCUUGGAACUUCAUACCAAAACAGCUCAACUGUAAUUAGAGGCACAAUUGGCUAUGCUCCUCCAGAGUACGGUCUUGGGAGUGAGAUGACGAGUAGUGGGGACGUCUACAGCUUUGGAAUAUUACUACUAGAGGUGAUGACUCGGAAAAAGCCAACUAGCGACAUCUUUAAUGAAGGCCUUAGCCUCCAUAAAUUUGCUUCCAUGGCCUUGCCAGACCAUGUCACAGAUGUUAUUGAUGUUAAUAUUCUUAAUAUUGAUUAUGAGGAUGAAAAUUUUAUGCAAAACAAGGAGGCAAAUGCAAAGAUAAUAGAGGAAUGUUUGGCUACAACAAUCAAGAUCGGAGUAUCAUGUUCAGAUGAUUCCCCACCACAGAGGAUGAAUAUAAAAGAGGUUGUACAAGAAUUGCACCAUAUUCUAGGUUCACUUCAAAAUAUAUGAUGUAAAGUGUUUUCUCCUUUACUUGCAACAUUAAAAUAAAUUCAAAGGAUAAUCUGCAUGUUCCUGAUUGAAACCUUAUUCCAUUUAGAAGUUGAAGCUCUAUCUAAUAGAUGU